GUUCGUGCAACGUUUGGUGGCACACAGCAAACAUCAACAGUGACAAUAGCAGCAGUAGCAGAAAGUGAGCGAUCGUUGUGAGAAGGUGCUUGAAGUUGAGUGUGCAAAGCAAACAUUAAAAAUAUAUAUAAAAAACAAGUAAGAAGAAGGAAAAAGAAAUUUAUAAUUCCCUGACACCGUGGUGUUUGGGGAUAACCACACAAGGUGCUGUAGAAAAGUUUUGCGAAAAUUAAAUAAAAUAAAAGUUUGUGACUUGAAGGAAGAAAAAAUAUAUUAAACCCAAACUUGAGUUGACAAACAAAUCUGUGAUUUUAAUAAAAACAUUUAAAUCGCCACUAAAAGCUGAAUAUCAUUUCGUACUUGAAAUCGGAGGAAUACUAUUCGCGCAACAUGAAUAUCCAUUGGAUAUGGCUACCCCUAUUGUUGGCAUUGCUUUUUAUCAGCAAACCAGCUGAUGGCGCUAAGCAGGACGAAUCGCAAACUACAGCAAAACAAAGCGAUGAGACAAGCACAGUGCUAAUAACCACUGUUGCCGACAGCGACACCAAAGCAUCUUUGAAGAUUAGCCAUAAUAGUACCUUCAGCUCCAAUAAUACCACAAAAACUACCGAAAAAGCCAGCUACCCGAAGAAGGUACAGUCACUGAAGAAGCGACCAACGAAAACGCCCACAUCCUACGUGACCGCGGCGACAACGUCAAACUCGAAAAGCAAACGCAAAAAAGUAACGGAUGUGACGGCCGCCUUCAAGGACUUACCAGCUGACGAUUUGGAAUUCAUCAAAGAGCUGGACAAGCAAUUCCAACUGCAUGGCGAAAAGAUCAAAAUCAAGGUGGAACACGACAACACCACCGAGAGCGAGAAGCAGAAUAGCAAGCGCACCAUUGACGGCGAGUUGGGCUAUGGCGCCUACUCUUCGCACAACGGCUACCAUUAUGAGCGGCCCAAAUUUGUGUUCUAUCCUUACUCGCAACAGAACAUACCCGCCGAUGCGCCUGGCUACUAUCCACCCAAGACGGAUGUCAGCAUUGAGCCUUCCUACUCAUAUGAGCUUCAGCCGCAGAGCUAUGUGGAGCAACCGGAACAUGGCGCAGAACAGCCGCCAAACGUGCUUGAUGUGCCGCGCCAUCCGCAUCAACCGACAACGCAGCAGGCACAGCAUGGCGGCUACGAGGAGCCCGUCAUCGUCUUGCGCAUACCCGGUCCCACCAAGUAUGCCUCUCAUCUUCAAACGCUGCUGCAGCAGUAUUUGGAGAUACGCGCGGCGCAAUACCUGCGCAUAUUGGAAGAAGCCGAGCAGCAAAGCCAUCAGUCACAUGUACAGCACCAACAACAGCAACACCAAGUGCUUCAACAGCAGCAGCACGAACAACAAGCACAUCUGUACGAAGAACAAGUACAGCAGCAACAGCACGCGGUCGCACCAGCGCAAGCGUACGCUGAGCCAACGCAUGAGCUGCAACCGCCAACGCAUGGACAGCAUACCGCUCAGCAGCUAACUGCAGCAGAAGAGGAGCAUGGCUAUUCUCCUGAAGUGACGUAUGCGCAUCAAGUGGCCGCUACUCCACAACCGAUUGCGUAUCCGGGAAUCAAUGAGGUCUACCAAGGCUACAAGGGAAAAGUGAAUGCGCAGCAUGAAGCACCACUGCAGCAACAUCAUCUGGUGCAGCAUCAACAUCACCAGCAGCAGCAGCAAGAAGUAGAAUAUGUGCCACAGCAGCAAAUUGAAGCGGAACAUCCGCAGCAACAAUACUUUGUACACGCCGCGCAGCAGCCGGCGGUGCCGCAAUACUACUACGUGCCGGAAGCACAAUUUGGCGCGCAUGGCGGCAGCACACACUACCAAAAUGUCUACUUUAUGGCGAUAUCGCCGCAGGGCGCCUACGAUGGGCAUGCGGCGCAGCACGCGGCGUCGUUGCAGCAUCAGCCCAUCUAUGUGCAGGAGGAGGAGCAGGACCUGCAACAACAUCACCACCAACACCAACCGGCAGCACCACAGCAAUCGCUGCAACAGCAUGAACAGCAACACGAGUUGGCUGCCGCGCAUGCCGAAGCGCUGAACGAGAAUAGCCCACGCCAAACGCACACCAAAGUCAUUUACACGCACAACAGCGAGAAAGGCGCCGCAGAUUAUGCCGGUAGCUAUAAAUUGCCAUCGAUACGGCCAUUCGAACGCCAUGCCAGCACAUCAGCAGCAGCGUACCACCACCAGCAACAACUGCAAGCGCAGCUGCUGCACGAACAGCAGCACGAGCAACUGGAAUUGGAGCAGCAAGAGUAUCAGCAGCCAGAGCUGCACCAGCAGCAAAUCGACUAUGAUGCGGCUCCCACGCAUGCCGCCUCCGAGAAUGAACAAUCGGCUGCAGUCACACCGCGUCCAUUUAAUUAUCACGCGCAUAGCGCAAAACCCGCGCGACGACGCGGCAAUCGUAAGCGUGGCGCCACAACGCCUCCAACCACUGCGGCGCCAAGUGUCGCGCAAGUAGAUGAACACUUACAGAAGAUACGCAAUUUCGUGCGCGAGAAUUUGGGCGCCCAAAUGAGCACGGCUGUGGAGUACAAAACGACGACGGUGGUAAAGAGUUAGGCAGGCGGAGGUGACGCGUGUGGAGAGAUGCUUGCGCGUGAUGCGCUUCGAUGCGGUGUGCGCGCCGUGAAAUAUGCUACAAAAUGCGAAAUGCAUGGGAUACUGAAAUAAUUUUUUCAACAUCAUUUUGCGCCAGUUUCUCAUUUACGUACAUACAUACGUAUAACGAAUAAGCCUAGCUACCUUGAAUUCCUAGUACUCUCAUAUUUUGUAACAUAAACUCGCAAGAGAAUAAAGUUAUAUACAUAAUUUGUAUCUCACCUUUAAG